CGUAAGUGUGUUCUCCUACAGUAGCUUUUCCUCCUCUUUUUUAAAGUCAAAAGCUUACCAACUAAUAUCAUAUUCUUGCUCGCACAGCAAGCAAUGGCUCACUGCAACUCUGUGAUGGGUUCCUUCUUCUUCUUCGUCAUCAGCUUCUUUGUAACACUAGUGACUCCUGCCGAAGCUCAGAUGGUUCCGGCGGUGUUCGUGUUCGGAGACUCACUGGUGGAUGUGGGCAACAACAAUCACAUUAAGUCACUCACAAAGGCUAACUUCCCCCAUAACGGCAUCGAUUUUCCAGGCCAAAAGCCUACCGGCAGGUUCACUAAUGGCAAGAAUGCAGCAGACUUCCUUGCUGAGAAACUGGGAUUGCCAACUUCACCACCGUAUCUCUCACUCGUUUCGGCAUCAAACAAGAGCAAUGCAUUCCUUGGCGGCGUAAGCUUCGCUUCAGGAGGAGCCGGCAUUAUGGAUGCCACCAAUAAACUUUUCGUAUCACUAUCUAUCGAUCAACAAAUAGAUUACUACGCGACGGUGUAUGGAGAAUUGGUGCAACAGCUUGGAAGCGUUGGAACGCAGCAACUUUUGUCGAAGGCAAUGUUUGGGGUGGUGAUUGGUAGCAAUGACAUGCUGGGUUACUUUGGACCAAAGUCCACUCUCCGUCAAAAGAUCACUCCCCAGCAGCUGGUAGACUUGAUGCUUUCUACCCUACGAGGCCAGUUAACGCGAAUAUACAAUCUUGGUGCACGUAAGUUCGUUAUGAUCGGCGUGGGAGCGAUCGGGUGUUGUCCAUCACAGAGAAAUCAAAACAAAACACAGGCAUGCAAUGAAGAAGCAAACUACUGGUCUCAUACCUACAAUGAAGGCAUCAAGGCAUUGCUCCUAGGGAUGAAAUCAAAGUACACUGACAUUAACUAUUCCUUCUUUGAUACACAUGCUAUGUUGCUCAACUUCAUCCAAGAUCCAGUUAAAUAUGGGUUUAAAGAGGUUAAGGCGGCUUGUUGUGGGCUAGGGGAGCUCAAUGCUAAGGUACCUUGCCUGCCCGUUGCUAGCUACUGUUCUAACAGAGGAGAUCACAUCUUUUGGGAUCUCUACCAUCCCACAGAGGCAGCUUAUCGCAUCUUUGUGGAUAACGUUUUUGAUGGUUCACAACCAUAUGUAUACCCUAUCAACGGCAGACAACUGGCUAUCAUGUAAGCUGUACACAAGAAGGAGUACUUAACACUAUUUGACAUAUUCCAAAUUGAAGAGAAGGCAGGCCUUGAAGAAGAAAUCAGGACCUCUACAGUAACAUAUGUGUGUGUGUGUGAGAGAGAGAGAGAGAGAGAGAGAGAGAGAGAGAGCCAAUGUGCCAAAUUAUUGAGAGCCAAAGUAAAAAAAGUCAAUGAUUUACACUCGGCUA